AGUGCCCGCAACAUCGAGAAAAAAAGGAAGCAUGUUCUCGAACUUAGUUAUUUACAUUUCAAGCUCAACAUCGCUACUAAUCAACCAUUCACAGAUGUUGUGGGUGAACUUGAUGUUCAUGCUGCAGAUGCCUGGCAAAAGGCCUGUGACGAGCUGUGCAUUGACAUGGAAAUUGAUCCAAUUGACCAACAGAUCAAAGAUUGUGUCACUCAGGUUCGCGGACAGGUGAAAGACAUUGCACGCUCACUAGUAAUGAAGACCUAUGGAUUUGUGAGCAUUGAAGAUUGCGAAGAUGAGGAAGGGGACGAUGAAAUAAAACUCACACAGCAAGCAAAUUGUGAACUAUACAAGAAGCUCAAGACCAAAUCAACAUUUGCCUACCUGGACCCAAACGACAAAACAAUCCCAAACAGCCUGUACCGCAACAAGAUCACCAGCAAGAUCAUCAAUAAGCAAUUUUUUUCAGAUGCACAUGCAGAUGGUGUGAAGUAUCCUCAAUACUUCACAGACGGCAUUCCCCUCAAACUCAUUGCAUUUGUCCUCACUGCAGUUGAACUAGCAUUGGACGAGUGGCAUACAGGCCAGUUUGAAAAGGUGGAAUUCAAAGGGAAGAAGUAUGAAAAAGUGUACAACCGUCAUUUGGACGACCUUCAAUGCUGGAAGACCUUCACCAAAGAACGAGGGGAUCCUCUUGCACAGAAGCUGCAGAACAGUCUGCUGGAGAGAGCGAGGUGA